CCGAGUGAUACUUUCCGUUUCUCUACAUAGAACGCAGGACACACGACUGGCGGGGCAUUCGAUCUAAUGUUAUUAGUGGUCCCGUGUUGAGUGGUGCGCGCGGAGGAGCCCGGACAAAAAAGGUUGAAAAUGAUGCUUCGUCGCCCAUUGGCCGGCGCAGUUAUCUCGGCCGUACGUUUGACCGUCCCGAAAGUUACCCGAGGGUUCACUAGUCACCUUCUGCGGGUGAAUUGUGCACCAGGUAUCCAACAGGCGAGUUCACUACGCAGUCAUCAGAGAGCCCAAGCACGAUGCUACAGCUCAGGAAGUUAUCCGUCACAUAUCAAAGUGACGCUGCCUGCAUUGUCACCGACUAUGGAGAUGGGCACAAUCGUGUCGUGGGACAAAAAAGAAGGCGACAAACUUGACGAAGGCGACUUGCUUUGUGAGAUUGAGACUGACAAAGCCACAAUGGGCUUCGAAACACCCGAAGAGGGCUACCUCGCUAAGAUUGUUAUCCCUGCAGGCUCAAAGGAUAUCCCACUUGGUAAAUUGCUUUGCAUUAUCGUCUCUGAUCCAGCUGACAUUCCAGCGUUCAAGGACUUCACGGACACGAGCUUGCCAACAGCCCCUCCAAAACCGGACAGUGCACACAAGGCUCCGACAGCGACGCCGCCAGCCGCUGCAGCAGGACCAUCGCCCGUUCCAGCCAAAAUUACGUCUUCACAAAUAGGGGCCGCUCCUGUUUUAGGAGACCGUAUUUUUGCCUCUCCAUUUGCGCGUUUGUUAGCGGCACAACAGGGCCUUGAUUUAGCAUCGGUAGUUGGGUCUGGGCCUGGCGGCCGCGUUAUUGCUGGAGACCUAAGUAGGGCCCAAUCUGCCGGUGUUUCCCCGGUGGGUGCUGCGCCAGAGGUGGCGCCACAAAAGGUUGCCAGUUUCCGAUAUACGGAUAUUGAUUUGACAAAUAUGCGUCAGACGAUUGCCAAACGGCUCACUGAAUCAAAGCAGCAGAUUCCUCAUUAUUCUCUUACGAUUGAAAUCGAAAUGGAUCAGGUAUUGAAGAUGCGGGAAGAGCUCAAUGUAGCUCUCGAUCAAGGAAAACUUUCAAUAAAUGAUUUCAUUGUUAAGGCUUCAGCGCUGGCGUGCAAACGUGUUCCUGCCGCCAACUCGUCGUUCAUGGGCACUUUUAUUCGAGAGUACCACGCUGUUGACGUUAGCGUAGCAGUGUCAACACCUGAUGGACUUAUUACUCCCAUCGUGUUUAAUGCCGACACAAAAGGUCUAUCGCAAAUCAGUAAAGAUAUAAAGGAGCUCGCAACGAAGGCGCGUGAAAAGAAGCUGCAACCGGCUGAAUUCCUCAGUGGAACGUUCACGGUGUCGAACCUGGGCAUGUUUGGUGUAGAUCAUUUCUCAGCGAUUAUUAACCCGCCACAGGCAUGCAUCUUAUCAGUGGGCAAGACAAGCGAGGUGGCACGACCAUGCAAGGAGAACGGCUAUCGAAUUGUCAAAGCGAUGAAAGUGACACUCAACUGCGAUCAUCGCGUGGUCGACGGAGCAGUGGGCGCUCAAUGGUUGCAAUAUUUCCGGAAUUACCUCGAAAAGCCGCAUACCAUGAUGCUCUAAGCCUCGGCAGCAGGAAAACAUUUAUGAGCAUCUAUCGAUUAGGUUGCUACACGUUGAGAGAGCAAGCGAAAAAUGAUCUAAACAGAGUGGAUUAGGUAGACACGUAUAAGUGAGGGUAAACGGUGAGGUCAAUCCGACAAUGUUUUAUCUUUUAGAAUCUAUAGCGAAAAAAAAACGUGCAUUUAUGUUUCGAAUAUGGUUUCUUUUGUCAGCAGUAUGCUCACUGAUCGUCAAACUGCCAACCGUAUAUUUGAUGUUCAGAACGUUCCUGCGUGCGUUGAACUCAUCAUUAUCAAUAUCUAACGGAUCACAAAAACAUGGUGUUUUUCUAUCACUAAAAUUUUUCAGGGGUUAGAAAAGUAAAAAAAGUGCGUUGAUUGAUAAGAAUUAAGAAAGCCAGUUUUUAUUUCCGCUCGAUCGCGCACAUGCUAGCAGCAGAGAGCUUUCGUUCAAUUUAUUGCAGUAUAGAACGUGUAGCAUUUUCGGUCAUGCAAAGAAAAAAAAUUAACAAAAUAUAAACGUUUUUCGAUUGAGUGUCGUUGCCUGAGCUAGCACGAAACUGACUAGGCAUGUAAUAGAGUGAGACGACGAACCACUUCAACGCCGCCGUCGUUGUAAUGAAGUGGAACUAUUCCGUUUUGUUACCUCGAAGCGGAAUUAUCCAAACAAUGCUUCCACUAUGCUCUUUUCAACUACUAUAACUAAAAUAGUCAACUAAAAAUAAUACUGUUACAGUACAUAUUGUAGUGAGUGGGCAAAUCGGCGCCAUGAUAGAGCAAGCAGUGAGACAGAUUUCCAACAUCACUAUAAAACCAAUGCAUAGACUGACUGAUGUAUUGUGAAUAAACUCGAAUCCAAGUCCAAUUGGUCGGUGGCAACCAAGAAGCGAGAAAUUUCAGUAGGUCAGUAAAAGAAAUCACGCAGACGAUAGCAUCAGCUGUACUCCGAGGGAUAUCUAGCAAUGUGGUAGUUUGAAUGAAGAAGCAAAAGACUGUACGGAGAUGAUAUAAGUUAUUCCUAUCAUAUGGAUAUUCUUAUAACCUAUGUAAUCAGUAAAACUGCAUCCCUAUCCACGAGAAAAAGACUAAAACGAGAUGAUGAUAAAAAUAGUAACCUUCACAAAGGAAUUAAAAUUUUGUAAUAUAAUGUAAAAACCGGGCGGUUGAUGGAGACGACAAAUAAAUAUAUUAUAAAACUGAACAAUA